UAACAGAUCCAAGAGAUGGAAAGAGAGUAGCACUCAAAAAGAUGCCCAACGUCUUCCAGAAUCUGGUCUCUUGCAAAAGAGUCUUCCGGGAAUUGAAGAUGUUGUGUUUUUUUAAACAUGAUAAUGUACUCUCUGCCCUUGACAUACUCCAACCUCCACACAUUGACUAUUUUGAAGAAAUAUAUGUUGUCACAGAAUUGAUGCAGAGUGACCUACAUAAAAUUAUCGUCUCUCCUCAGCCACUCAGCUCAGAUCAUGUCAAAGUUUUUCUUUAUCAGAUUUUGCGAGGUUUGAAAUAUCUCCAUUCAGCUGGCAUUUUACAUCGAGACAUUAAGCCAGGGAAUCUCCUUGUGAACAGCAACUGUGUUCUAAAGAUUUGUGAUUUUGGAUUGGCUAGAGUGGAAGAAUUAGAUGAAUCCCGUCAUAUGACUCAGGAAGUUGUUACUCAGUAUUAUCGGGCUCCAGAGAUCCUGAUGGGCAGCCGACAUUACAGCAAUGCCAUUGACAUCUGGUCUGUCGGAUGCAUCUUUGCAGAACUACUGGGCCGAAGAAUAUUGUUUCAGGCACAGAGUCCCAUUCAGCAGUUGGAUUUGAUCACAGAUCUGUUGGGCACGCCAUCCCUGGAAGCAAUGAGGACGGCUUGUGAAGGUGCCAAGGCACACAUACUCAGGGGUCCUCAUAAACAGCCAUCUCUUCCUGUGCUCUACACCCUGUCCAGCCAGGCCACACAUGAAGCUGUUCACCUGCUUUGCAGGAUGUUGGUCUUUGAUCCAUCAAAAAGAAUAUCCGCUAAGGAUGCCCUAGCCCACCCCUACCUAGAUGAAGGGAGGCUGAGGUACCACACAUGUAUGUGUGAGUGCUGCUUCUCCACCUCGGCGGGAAGGGUCUAUACCAGCGACUUUGAACCUGUCACCAACCCCAAAUUUGAUGACACCUUUGAGAAGAACCUCAGCUCUGUCCGACAGGUUAAAGAAAUUAUCCACCAGUUCAUUUUGGAACAGCAGAAAGGAAACAGAGUGCCUCUCUGCAUCAACCCGCAGUCUGCUGCCUUUAAGAGCUUUAUUAGUUCCACCGUCGCUCAGCCGUCUGAGAUGCCGCCCUCUCCUCUGGUGUGGGAGUGACAGUGGAGGACACUGUACUACUGAAGAUGUAAUGUAGCUUUCACUGGAGUCUGGGAUUUGCAAUUCUGGAGGGUUAAUCAUGCUUGUACUGUAAUUUUACUAAUGAAGUUUUAAAUUAACAACCACUACUUGUAUGAUAUGAAUAAUAUUUAGAAAUGUUACUAGACUUUUAAUCUUGUAAAGUGGUUGUGCUUUUAGAAGAAGAAAAAAUAUUUUACCCAGAGCUGCACAUGGCUAAAGAAUCAGUGCAGCUGCCAUGGCUCGCCUCAGAACAAACGAGAACUGAACCAAAUUUGGGCGUUUGGGGUUUAUGUUUUGUUUUCUUUUCUUUUUUUAAUGAAGUGAGAUUGUUCACAUGUACACACACACACACACACACACACACACACACACACGCAGAGGACAGUCAUACAUUUUGAUAUUUGAGCCAUUCCUAAAGAUUAAGGGUUUUCUAAAACUGAAGAGUCUAGAAAGCUUGCCUGCGACCAAUCAUGGAGCCACGUGAGCUGAUCGUGGCUGCACGUGGGGGAGGGGCGGGAGGGGCAUGUCACCUAAUGACCAAGCCCUAUAACUGGCUUCUCAUUAGAGCCGUGAUGCUGGUGUGUGCUGUCUGAACUCCAAUGUCGUACGUAGAGAGACUGAAUCUGACUAGGAGAGACUAACCCUGUUUUCCUUACCCAGUAUAAAUAUAUAUAAAUAUAUAUAUAUUUAAUCUAUUUUUAUUAGAAGUUUUUCUGCUCUUUCUUACAUAAAAAAACAAAAAAGACCCAAGCAUGCAUCUUUCAUGUGUGUAAAUAAUUCAUUUCUGGGCUAAUUUCAAAAGAAUCCCAACACUGCUGUAUAGAGAGAGCUAGCUUGCACAUUUUAGUCUGUGAAAUUCUGUGAGACUUUUCCUGCACUGGACAGUGAAAAAUAAUAAAUAAAAGACAAAAAGAAAUUUAAAAAAAAAAAUUAAAGCCACAAAGGCACAUAGGGAAUCAUGUCAAAUGUGUUUGUGUCCUUAGGCAAAGCUGUGGGAGUCCUGAAAUGUCACAGUAGUAAAUAGCUUAUUACUUUCUGACAAAUUCUUUUUCCUGCUGGAACACUGAACUCUGUGCAUAUGUAAAUAGAACACCAAUCGAAGGCCUCUACCUCCUGGAGUUACACAACUUGGCUUGUUUACCUCCACACGCUGAUGAUGACUAUUUUUUUUUAAGUUCAAUGUGGAGACUUGAAACUUGAAUGUCCCUUCCAACUUUUAUAUUAAAAAUAAAAAGACAAGAAAAUGGAAGAGCGUUUUUCACCUGUACAACGAGUACUAAUGGAUCGUCUUAAAACUGGUCUAGGAAAAAGCUUGGUGUGUGUUAUGGACAAUUAACUGUUAAAGUUAUUGUAAGUUAUCUGUAUUUAGCAGAGUAUUUUCAUCUUGAGUGAUCUGAGCUGAAUUUGAAGACUAUUAAGUUAUGUUUGGAAGUUUUAACUUCAAUGAAGUAAUUAUUUGCUGUGAAAGAAACAAACAUUGAAUUACUAAACAAAGAUGGUGCAAUAUCUUUGUUUUUGUUUUUGUUUUUGUUUUUUUUUAUGAGGCUCCUGAGAAUCAACCCAACUGAAGCAUUUCAAUUCACUUGAAUGAGAAACGUGUUUAGUAUCAAAAGAGCCCGAGAAGACACUGGUAUGAAAGGUACAAUCUCAGAGGUUGGUCAGUUACCGUGGCACACUUUCUGGUCACUUUGUACAAUGUAGAUUUGAAGUACAGUGGUGAAAACAUUAAAUGUGACAUUUAAAAAUGA